CGAUGUAGUCAUUGUGGCAUCACGUUCGAAGAUGAAGUGCUCUUUUCAAUCCAUAUUGGUUGUCACUCACAUACAGAUCCUUUUGUCUGUAAUGUCUGUGGUAAACAGUGUAUCAACAAGUAUGGCUUUUAUUCACAUAUUAUGCGAGGA